AUAGAAGCACAGGCGUAAAAGAACCUCUUCCUGUGUAUAGCAAGCCCGUACACUUUUUUUUUUAUAGUUAUUUUUGUACGCCCAUUUUUAGUUGACUCUUACGAGAAAUUCAAAAAGAGAUUUCAUAUCCAGUGUUAGAACUAAACAAGUAAACACCAUUUGACAGUGCUAAACGUAUCGUUUAAGAGUUUUUUUUCGGACGCUAUGUCACUUCACCCCCAAGUUACAUAAUGAGGGGAAAAAUGAAGUGCCCGUUUUUUGUAAACAUCCUCACGGUUCCACUCCUGAUAUGGAUAUAUCAUCAUCAUAAUCAUCGCACCUAUAAUGGCACCGUUACCGAAUCGUUGGGGGAGAAGCCGAUUCAGAAUGACCUAAGUCCAUAUUUCCAGUGCGGCAGAUGGCUCGCAGAAGGUAAAGGGAAUAAAGGCGCAAAACCUGCGAAAGCUAAAACAGCUGUGUCUACGAAGGAAAGUACGAGUGUGAAAAAGAACCCGCCAGGAAAGGCGAAAGAAGUGAAUAAGACGCCGAAGAAGGAAGAAGGAGAAACAGAUAAAACAAUGCCGAUUGCAGUUAAUAAUGCACCACGCCCUACAACAGGAAAAAAAGAAAUAAAGGAUUUAUUAAACGAAAUAAUGACAUUAAAGUUAGAAGAACAAAAGCUAAAAUUAAAAUUAGUGGGGGAGGAAAUUAAAUUGAAUGACAUGGUGGAAAGAGUUACGGUAAAGGAGAGAAUUAAACUCAAUACUGAGAAAGAUCAUGAUAAAUUAUACCAAGUUGAAGAACAAUUUAUGAUAAAUUAUAGAAAAUAUAAAAUUAAGUUAAAAGGAAUUCAAAAAAAAAUUAAACUAAAAAAGAAAUUAUUAAAAUAUCGUACCAUGAGUAAAAUUAAAAACAAACCGCCCCAAGGGGAAAUUUUUGGUAGCCUAACGAAAGAGGAUUUAAUCGAAUUGGAGAUACAAAAGCUGGAUGAACAAGUAGAGCGGUUAAUCCAAAAUGGAAGUUUGCCUCCGGUAGGUGAAGUGCCACUUGAAAACGAAGAGAUAGAUGAUGAUAAGGCAAGUAAAAAGGGUAAAUCAAAGGGAAAGGCAAAAAAGGAUAAUUUAACGGGGAAAGGCGGUAAACCGGGGAAAUUAGACCCAAAUAAUAAAUCAAAAUGGGGAACGUUAAAAGAGGCAGUGGCAAGUGGGGCAGUGACAAAUGGGGCAGCGGCAAAGGGGGGAGCGGCAAAGGGGGGAGCGGCAAAUGGGGCAGCGGCAAAUGGGGCAGCGGCAAAGGGGGGAACGUUAAAAGAGGCAGUGGCAAGUGGGGCAGUGACAAAUGGGGCAGCGGCAAAGGGGGGAGCGGCAAAUGGGGCAGCGGCAAAGGGGGGAGCGGCAAAUGGGGCAGCGGCAAAGGGGGGAACGUUAAAAGAGGCAGUGGCAAGUGGGGCAGUGACAAAUGGGGCAGCGGCAAAGGGGGGAGCGGCAAAUGGGGCAGCGGCAAAGGGGGGAGCGGCAAAUGGGGCAGCGGCAAAGGGGGGAGCGGCAAAUGGGGCAGCGGCAAAGGGGGGAGCGGCAAAGGGGGGAGCGGCAAAUGGGGCAGCGGCAAAGGGGGGAGCGGAAAAAGGGGGAAAUGCAAAAGGAGGAGCGGCAAAUGGGGCAGCGGCAAAGGGGGGAGCGGAAAAAGGGGGAAAUGCAAAAGGAGGAGCUGCAAAAGGAGGAGCCGCAAAAGGGGGAGCUGGCAAAGGAGCGGCCAAAGCUGCUGCGCCGAAAAGUGUACCCAAAGGGAAAAAAUAG